AUUUUCUAGUCUAUCCCCCUAGAAGACUUGUUGAAGAGAGGAUAUUAGCUAGCAUAGGCCUACUAUACAAUUACAUUCAUUCGAUUCGAUCGAUAUGAUUCCCAUGUUUCACGCAGACUUCCGGGACCUCGUUAAUGACGAGAGGAUUCAUCGUGUGUUGUUUCUAUUUCUGAUUGGGACUUAUGUCUAUACUGAGGUCAAGUCGUGGUGGCAUAUUCUUCUACGCCCGUUAUAUGUGAAAAUCAUAUCAAUGCUUAGUGACUAUCGAUCCGGGAAGUACUACAAGCCAUGGGGACCAACUACGCCGAUCGUUAUUGUAUCCACAAAGAAGCAGAUCGCCGAGCUUAGCGAAGCACCAUGUCUCUCCCAGCGAGCUGUGUAUGCCGAUAUGUUUGGGUUUAAGCACACCAUGAAUAAACUUGAACACAAUACCAGCAACAACAAAGUUAUUAGGACACGUCUAUAUAGUCGUCUUCUCCAAGUCAAUGGGCCCGUCCACCUAGAUGCUCUCUAUCCUCAUUUGCUCAAUCAGUUCGAUAUUAACCUAGAAAGAGAACUUCGCGGUGGGCGUGUUGUUAAUGGAGGUAUUUCCUUACCUAUUGCACAGACAGCUCGUCGGCUCGUCUCUAAGCUUAUGAGUCUUAUGUUUUUUGGAGAGGCCCUAUCUCUGGAUGAGGAGUUUUCCUCCGCGCUCUUGCGUUAUCCCCAGGAUAUGGUGAAGUGUAUGGCUGCCUUUCAGGUAGCACCGUCAUUUAUGUCACCGGUUAUACAUGCAGUCCUUACCAACCGUGGAGAGGCUAUGCACCUGAUCCAGAAGAGGCUUUUCCAGUGCAUAGGCUCGGGACUUUCAAACCAAAACGAAGCAGAUAAAAUCCAACUCCACACCAUUCUUUAUAAUAUCAUUGCAUUAACAAGCAGCAGCGAAUAUUGGAAUGCAGACCUUCUCUCGCAGUCUCUUCUAGGGAUUUGGUUUGCUGCCUCUCAUCAGCCGUGGAUGAAUCUGCACUUCGUCAUAUUAGAAUUGUGCGAACGCAAGGAAUGGCAAAGAAAACUACGCCAAGAACUAGAGCAGCACGUCCCGCUAGACUAUAAACGCCUGGAGCAAUUGCCCCUUUUGGAUGGCUUCAUAAAGGAAACCGUUAGAUGUAAUCCUCUAGAUACGCUUGCAAUACGCAGAAAGGCAUUGGAGCCUUAUACCUUUUCGGACGGAUCUUUGUCUGUUCCCUCGGGCGCAACAGUUUGUGUAUCGGCAUAUGAUCUUAUGCAUAACCCACAGACAUAUCCUGAUCCAACUGCCUUUAAUCCUAGUCGAUAUCUACUCAAAGAACCCAAUAGUCAACAGCGGAAGUUUACUGAAGUCUCCGAGACAUAUCCUAUCUGGGGUUAUGGGUCUCUUGCCUGCCCUGGCCGGUUCCACGCAUCGUUAGCCAUGAAGAUGGUCAUAUCGCAGCUACUUCUAAAGUAUGAUCUAAGUCUUGAAAACGAGAAUUCUAGCACUAGGUGGUCUUGGGAAACAUUUGCCAUGCCAUACCAAAAUACCAGAGUCAUCUUGAAGGAGCACGGUUUGCAGACUAUGUAGUUCGUACAAGUGGAUGAGACUGGGUGCAAAAUAGGGGCGUGCAAAGAUAUAGGUACCUUUUUAUUUUGAUAGUAGGCAUAGUUUAUAUUAUACAGAUAGCAUACUCCCAGGAAGAGGCUAUUACAAUAACGUGUUGACAUGAGGCGACUAGUUUGACAUCAAGUAUUUCUAUCAACUAACUGGCUCUGUCUGCUAGGAAAUGAGUUCGAUCUCCUUAUUCCUUCCGAACUGUAGACAAAGCUCAGUGCUCGUAGCUCUUCUAGUCAAUGUUUAUCAACCCCAAUCCAAUAUACCCUAUCUGAGCUAAAUAGCCAUACCGACAAAUAGACACCACUACCACAGCAACAAGCAAGCAUUCUCAAAUCCUAAACUCUC